GGAGGCAUUCUGGAGGAAGCUCCCAUCCACUCCACCACGAUAAAGCUCUGGCUCCCUGUCCUGAUCACGUUUUGAAUGCGUUUGAGUGCAGCAGCUGAGGACGUGUGGGCCAAUGAGCAGUCCGGCUGCCUCUGCAACACACAACAGGCAGGCUGCAGGGACGCAUGCUACGCCCGGGCUGUCCCCAUCUCCGUCAGGUACUGGGCGCUGUGGGUGAUCUUUGUGUCUUUGCCGUUUCAGGUCUACAUGGGCCGUACUUUGUACUGACAGAAGGUUCUGGAGAAAGAGAGGCAGAGGGUGAAAGUGCAAUUAAGGGGAGAACUGGAGGGAGGCCUGGAAAUGUCUGGGGACGGGGGACCGGAGCGGGAGCACUGCCAGUUGGGACAGAGGACACCAAGCCGAGCUCGGCUCCGGGAAAGCCUGCAGUGCACCUAUGUGAUCCACAUUCUUACUCGCUCUGCGCUGGAAGUGGGGCUCAUGAGGGGCCAACAGCUAUUGCACCUGGACCCUCUGGUUAAAUGUCACAGGUGGCCCUAUCCAAACAUAAUGGACUGUUCUGUGCCAUGACCCAUGGAAAAGACAGUAUUCCUAUUAUUCAUGCAAUUCGUAGCUACUAUUUUUUUUCUGUCUCUGCUGCACCCAAAUGUGUAA